UCGUGUCGCGAAUUGCCUCCGCCUGUCCUUCACGAAUCGCUGCUUUUGUGACGCUGGUUGCCGCUCUAGCGCCGACGUUUUCAUCUCCAGUCCGAACUCUGACUGCGCACUCUUCUCAUCCGCUGUGCUUUGCUCAAGCUCAGCAUCAUCUGCAGGCUCGCUCCUUCCAUCCAUCCUCCGCUGCGUCGCCGCCUGCCACUACGCCGGGCUCCUCCUCCUCAUCCACUGCCGCCGCCCGCCUGCCUUCCCAUUCACACCAGACGCAGUCGUCUCACUUUGCAAACACGAUGCAAAUCCACACCGUCCCGAUUCUCGAAGACAACUACAGCUACAUUAUCGUAGAUCCAAGCUCGCAUGCGGUGGCCGUCGUCGAUCCGGCAGAGCCCGAAAAGGUCAUUCACGCGCUCAAGCAGCUUCCCAAAUCGGACGCGCUCAACCUGGUCGCUGUGAUCAACACACAUCACCACUGGGACCAUGCUGGAGAGAACGUCAAGUUCCUUGAGCUGGCUGCUACUGAAUUGAAUGCUCAGGGCGUGAAUGUUUAUGGCGGCGACGAUCGCGUGCCGAAACUCACGCACAAGGUCACCCAUGGCGAAACGUUCACUCUUGGAAGCAUCAAGUUCACCGCGCUUGCCACGCCGUGCCAUACCACGGGCAGCAUCUCAUUCCGAGCACAGAGUCCCGAUGGCGCGGUUGACCGCGUCGUCUCGGACGAAUCGCACAAGCCAGGGAAGUGGUCGUAUGUGGAGACGGAUGUCGUCUUCACCGGAGACACGCUCUUUGUUGCUGGAUGCGGCAAGUUCUUUGAGGGCUCUGCGGCAAACAUGCACCAUUCGCUCAUUGAUGUGCUCGGAGCGCUGCCAGAGACGACGCGCGUGUAUUGUGGCCACGAGUACACGGUCAGCAACCUGUACUUUGCACAGAGCGUUGACGGAGCCAACAGUGAAGUUACACGAGCACUGACCGAUGCGCAAGCCCUCCGCGCAAAAGGUCUCCCGACCGUGCCUUCGUCCAUUGGUCGCGAGCUCGCCAUCAACCCAUUCAUGCGUGUUCGUGAUCCAGCGUUCUGCGAGGCGCGAGCCAAGCUCGCUGGGGUAGCUUCCGAUGCCAUCACAAUCAUGGGUGAGCUGCGCGAAGCCAAGAAUCGCUUCAAGCGCUCGACGUGAGUGCUUUUUUUUUUUUUUUUUGUUUUUGUUCGGUUAUUUUUUGUGUGUGUGUUGUUGUUGUUCUUGUGCGACUGGUUUCAACACUAGUCUCGAGGCUUUGCUUGACUCUGUUCUGCAAUGAAAGUGUAUAGGAUUGCUUGGUCCAGUACUGAAUGUGCUUUGCACCAAAGUCCAACAAUUUGCAGUACUCGGCGACAAAUCGUUCCCAAUCGUAGGGUUGCUUGUUGAAGUUGAAAAAUAAAAGCAUUCAGAG